GUCAGCCAGCAGCGUUCAAAGCAGAGACCAAGCAGAAAGAUCAAGACCAUCAGACUUUUCCCCUGUAGGAAGUUACUCCUGCUAAAGAACUACUCGCAGAACUGAUGGUAUACACUAAACAAAUUUACAGCAAGUUAAUCGGGAUAAAGUCCGUGUCUUAAAAUUGGGAAGAUGACUUUUUGCAAGACCUGGUGUGUUGCACUCCUGCUGCCUCUGCUGAUAUCAGCCCAGUAUCAGGGGGACAACGGAAUAGUCGUUCCGGACCAUGGAUUUUGUCAGCCGAUUACAAUACCUUUGUGCACGGACAUAGCCUACAACCAAACCAUCAUGCCCAAUUUAGUCGGUCAUUACAAUCAGGAGGACGCGGGGCUCGAGGUGCACCAGUUUUACCCCCUUGUAAAGGUACAGUGCUCGCCGGAGUUGAAAUUCUUCCUUUGCUCCAUGUAUGCGCCUGUAUGCACAGUUUUGGAGAAGGCCAUUCCUCCUUGUAGGUCAAUCUGCGAGAGAGCCAAGCAGGGCUGCGAGGCUCUCAUGAACAAGUUUGGCUUUCAGUGGCCUGACCGGCUGCGCUGUGAGAACUUCCCCGUGCUGGGAGACGGGCAAAUCUGUGUGGGCCAAAACGAUUCCUCCGCCGCCACCGUCCCACCCAUCAUGCCUGUGCCGGGGACCCAGGACAUCUCAGUGGUCCCCCCGUAUGAGAGGCCUUUCCGAUGCCCAUCUGUUCUCAAAGUGCCCCCAUAUUUGAAUUAUAAGUUUUUAGAAGAGAAGGAUUGUGCAGCUCCCUGUGAGCCAUCAAGAAGCGGUGGGUACAUGUUUUUCAGUGACAAAGAGAUUCAUUUCUCCCGCAUAUGGAUCCUGAUCUGGUCUGUGCUUUGUUGUGCAUCCACCUUAUUCACAGUAACCACCUAUUUAGUUGAUAUGCAGCGCUUCAGAUACCCUGAGCGACCUAUCAUCUUCCUGUCUGGUUGCUACACUAUGGUCUCCAUAGCCUACAUAGCUGGCUACUUCCUAGGGGACAAGGUAGUGUGCAAUGACAGCUUUAGCCCUGAUGGCUAUAAAACCAUCGUCCAAGGCACCAAAAAGGAAGGCUGCACCAUCCUCUUCAUGAUGCUCUAUUUCUUCAGCAUGGCCAGUUCCAUCUGGUGGGUCAUCCUGUCCCUCACCUGGUUCCUGGCAGCAGGUAUGAAGUGGGGUCACGAGGCUAUUGAGGCCAACUCUCAGUAUUUUCACCUGGCAGCCUGGGCAGUUCCAGCCGUCAAGACCAUCAGCAUCCUGGCCAUCGGGCAGAUUGAAGGUGAUGUGCUCAGCGGCGUAUGCUUCGUCAGCCUCAGCAACCUGGACCCUCUGCGGGGCUUCGUGUUGGCCCCUCUCUUCAUUUAUCUCUUCAUCGGGACCUCUUUCUUGCUGGCUGGCUUUGUGUCACUGUUCAGAAUCCGCACCAUCAUGAAACACGACGGCACCAAGACAGAGAAGCUGGAGCGGCUCAUGGUGCGGAUCGGGGUGUUCAGCGUGCUCUACACCGUCCCGGCAACCAUUGUUAUUGCCUGCUUCUUCUAUGAGCAGGCCUUCCGCCCCCACUGGGAGCGCAGCUGGGUCAACCAUAACUGCAGGGGCCUGGCCAUCCCUUGCCCUCUGCAGACCGGGCCCCGCAUGACCCCAGACUUCACUGUCUACAUGAUCAAAUACCUGAUGACACUGAUAGUAGGCAUCACCUCCGGUUUCUGGAUCUGGUCUGGGAAGACUCUGCACUCCUGGCAUAAGUUCUACACAAGGCUGACAAAUGGCAAACAUGGAGAGACCACUGUGUAGAUUAAAGGGACUAUAUCUAUAUGUUGCUGGGACUAACUUGUGUGUUAUUACCUGUUUCUCAUAUGAUAGGUAAGUAGCACACUGAGUAGCCAUUAGUUCUUACAGCAUUUGUAUUCUCAGCUUAAUAGCCACACAUGCAUGCCAAACUGAGGGUUCGGGUUUGACAAAAGGACAAGCUGGAUAAACAAGGACUGAACCUCACUGUCUGAACAAAUAACAAGCAUGGCUAUGGAUGCCAUGUGCUGAAAUACUCACCUCCCCCCUCUCUGGCUCUUUUCUUAAAGCCACCAUAAACGCAAGGGGAGUGAUGAUCCACCACGGAGAGCGGGGAAAUGAGCUGUGGAAGAAUGACUGUUUAUUCUCAUCCCUGAGCAUUUCAUGUGAUUUAAUGAAACUGUAAAUAGUAUUUGUAAAAACACGAAAUUAUAUAUUUGUAUUUAAAGAAAGUAAAUACUUUUCCUGAUCUGCCAGUGUACCUGCUUUACUUUUGCACUGUAAAAAUGCCACAUAGUGUAGAUGUAGACAUGCUCCUUUUUCUUUAUUAAUCGCUGGUUAGAAAUCAUGUUUUUUUUUUGUUUUUUUUAUGGAUUAAAAGAAUGUCUACAUUUCAGUCUGUUGGAUGAUAUCCAAAAAGCUCUUUGGUUUAGCCCAUUGUAUUUUCACUCCUCUUUAACCAAAAACAUGUGCUGGGUCUCAGAUAUCAUCAAAUAACUAUAUCAAAUGCUUCAUUUUGAAUUCCUAGUUAAAAAGGAAAAACAGCAUUUAAUGUUUUUCUUUCAUUUUUUUUUUUUUUUGCCCUUCCAUAUGUUCAGUAUUCUUCAAUGAUUAAAUACCAUCUUGAUAACGAGUUAUUUUCUUUGAUAAAAGUACAGCCAUGUUGUUUUCUCAAGGAGCUGAGGGUUGUGUCACACCUGAACAUCUGUUGCCUCAGACUGGCAGGCGACAGUAAAAGAGAUUAUUGGAAUUCUUAAUGGAAAUUAGCUCCUUACACAAGACAGUGGUCCUCUGGGAAAUGCAAGGAACGAGUUUAUAGUGAGAUCUUUGACUGAACUUAUCACCCACCCUAUCAGUAUAUUCUGAAAUAUUUGGCAUCAACGUGUUUUGUGUCUGAGAAACAGGUGCCAACCUGUAAGAAUGUGGUGGAGGACUUCCUCACACGUGUACACGAACAUCGCCUUCAAGUGCUAAACAAAACAGGAGACCUUUUUCUGCCUGUUGUUAGAGGGGGCUCAGUUAAGUCAACAAGGAAUCAUCUGGCAAGAGAGAAGUCUGUGCUGUUGCAUAGGUGUGAAAAUGUUCCUGCCUGCCCGUUUGGUGAAGGGAAAACAAGGGUGUUCAGAUUUGCUGUAGUGUUACUUCUCUGGAGCCACUCUGCUCUGUGCCAAGCUGGAAUCCCCCAAGCCAUCCACGGCUGAAACUGAACCUUGUCUGCGGUGAUGUCAUGAAGUAGAUGGGUGUGUUGGAGAAAGUUGAUCCUCUUGCCUCAGAGCAGAGGCUCUGGGCAUUUGAGAAUUGCACGCACAUACAGUAUUGUGUGUGUAUUCAUAUUGUUACUGCAAAAGUUUAGAGGGGCAAAUAAGGUUGCACAUAAUCCAUAUAUUAGACUGUUCCUCUAUAAACUACAGUAUAAUUAGUGACAUGAGCUUAUAAUGACAUGAGCUUUAGCAGAGCAAUGGACCUCUCAUAAAUGUCUUGACCUGUUGGACAAGUU